AUGGAUGAAGUUGAGAAAUUUAUGGAUGAUGACGAUUUUGAAGAUGCUUAUACGUCUGUAUUGGCAGAUGGUGGCAAAAAAUGUACCAUUUUUCUCAUCGAUGCUUCACCCAAAAUGUUCGAAAAAUACGAGAAUGAUGAUUCACACGACGAUUGUGCAUUUCGAAGAGCUUUGAAAAUUGUGCGUUUGCAAAUGAUCAACAAAGCGGUAACGUCAACAUCCGGAGAGCAUACUUGUUGCAUUCUCCUAAACACUCAAAAUAAAUCGCAUUCAGUUGACCAUAUAUAUAUUUUGCAAGAAGUUGAAGAAAUAUCAGCUGACCGAAUUAAAGAAUUGGAUAAAUUAUUAAAAUCAGAGAAUAUAUUGUCAGCUUUCAAGGAUAUAUGUGGUGAACACGGUUGUUGUGAUUAUAGCGAAGCACUGUUCUUAUGCAUUAAAAGAGUGACUUGUCGGACACCCUAUUUCCGAAAACGAACAGUUUAUCUGUUCACCAACGAAAUGAAUCCGUUUGGUACAAAUAAUCAGCAUCGUAUCUCCGCUUGCAAAAAUGCCGAUGAUCUUCGAAAUCAUAACACAGAGUUUUCGGUCUACCCACUUGUUGCUGAAAACGAUACAUUUACAUUCAGUAUUUUGGAACAGUUGGACCCAGACGUUGAAAAGAAUUUUGAGAACAUCAGUGAACUGGAAAAAGAAAUACCAAAGAAGCAAUAUGCACAUCGCAAUAUAGCAGGCAUGGAUUUCGAACUCGGAAAUGGGCUAAAAAUUUCAGUUGGAAUCUAUUCUUUGCUACGGUCCGAGAAGAUUCCUCAACCUGCAAUUCUAAAUGCUGAAACAAAUGAAAUUAUGCAGCGGUCACAUAUAUAUGUUAAUAAAGAGGCUGAUGAGGAAGUACCAGUGCUUGAUAAAGAAAUCAUUCGAAAACGACAAAUUGGAGGUGAAGUUAUUAGUCUGUCUGCAGAUGAGAUCGAAAACUUGCGAAGGCUUACACCGCCAGGUAUAUUGUUGCUCGGAUUCAAGCCUCUUUCCUGCAUUAAAAUCACACAUCACGUUCGAAGCUCACAGUUUGUUUAUCCCCUUGAAAAAGAUAUUUUGGGUUCUAUUCGGUUGUAUCGUAUUCUUUAUGAAGUUUGUAUGAAACAGAAGAAAAUGAUUAUAUGUCGAUAUACGCAAAAAGCGAAUGUGCCGCCAAAACUUGUUGCUUUAGUGCCCCAAACAUCCGUUACAGAUGAUAAUUCAAAGGACAAACUCAGUUCAAAAUUUUGUUAUCCUGGGUUUCAUCUGGUAUAUUUGCCAUUUGCAGAAGAUAAACGCGACCUUAGCGAACAGAUGACUCAUCGGGAUGGUGAAUGGCCAACCGCAUCAAAAGAGCAGAUUGAAACGGCGAGAAAAUUGGUUAAAAAACUUACGACUAGUUAUUAUCCAGAGAAAUUUUGUAAUCCCGUAUUGCAAAAGCAUUACAAAGUGAUUGAAGCUUUGGCUCUAGAUUAUGAUGAAGUUCCAGAAGUUCAAGAUCAGAUCCAACCAUAUUUUGUGUAUGAUGAUUUUCGAAAACGGGUAGAAAAAGAAUUGGACGAAUUUCGUUCCUCCCUAUUUCUUGAUGGUUGCAAUUCGGAACAGAAAUGUACUAAAGAGGCAAAAAAGGCUGGCAAAAUAAGUAGUACGUGGAACACGAAAAAGAAAUUGGUGGACGAAAGCUUGCUAUAUUUGGCUAAUAAUCACUUGCUGGAGAAAAUGACGGUGGCUCAGCUAAAAAAAAAAGCAGAGGAGGAGCUUAUUCCGCUUAAAUCAAAUGCUAAGAAGGCUGAUAUCAUUGGUGCAAUCGAUCAACAUUACAGAGACAUAUGA